AUGGCCUCAGAGGACAUCAUGCCAGCUCCUGUCUGCCUCAUUGAGAAUGUGAAAGGGCAGCUGAGAGCCAACCAGGAGGCCCUGAGCAUCCUCUCUGCUAUCCAGCAGCCAGUGGUGGUGGUGGCCAUUGUGGGCCUCUACCGCACAGGCAAAUCCUACCUGAUGAAUAAGCUGGCUGGCAGGAAUACAGGUUUCUCCCUGGGCUCCACUGUGCAGUCUCAAACCAAGGGCAUCUGGAUAUGGUGUGUGCCCCAUCCCAAAAAGCCAGGCCACACCCUAGUUCUACUUGACACCGAGGGCCUGGGAGAUGUGGAGAAAGGUGACAACCAGAAUGACUGCUGGAUCUUUGCCCUGGCUAUACUUCUAAGCAGCACCUUUGUCUACAACAGCAUGGGUGCCAUCAAUCAGCAGGCCCUGGACCAGCUGCACUAUGUGACAGAGUUGACAGACAGAAUCAGAACAAGAUGCUCCCCUGACCAUCAAGAUUUGGAGGACUCAGAUGAAUAUGUGAGCUUCUUCCCAGACUUUGUGUGGACUCUGAGAGACUUCUCUCUUGAGCUGAAAAUAAAUGGGCAACCUAUCUCAGCAGAUGAAUACCUAGAGAAUUCUCUGAAGCUUCUUCAAGGUACUGGCCAGAAAGAAAAAGAAGAAAAAUUAAACCUGCCUCGGCUCUGUAUCCGUAAAUUCUUCCCAACGAAGAAAUGCUUCAUUUUUGAGCGCCCGGCACCCGGGAAGAAACUUGGCCAGCUGGAAUCGCUGCAGGAUGGAGAUCUGGACUCUGACUUCGUGGAACAAGUAGCAGAGUUCUGUUCCUAUGUGUUCAGGUCUUCCAUGGUUAAAACAAUUUCAGGAGGCCUCAAGGUCAAUGGACCACGACUAAAGAGUUUGGUGACAACCUAUGUGAACACCAUCAGCAAUGGGUCUCUGCCCUGCAUGGAGAGUGCUGUCCUGGCUUUGGCAGAAAUAGAGAACUCAUCAGCACUGCAAAAGGCCAUUGCCCACUAUGACCAGCACAUGAGCCAGAGGGUGCAGCUGCCCACAGAGACCCUCCAGGAGCUGCUGGACCUGCACAGGACCUGUGAGAGGGAAGCCAUCAAGAUAUUCAUGGAAAAUUCCUUCAGAGAUGUUACUAAAGUGUUCCUAACAAAAUUAGAGACAGAAUUGGAAAGAAAGCAAGGGGAAUUCUGUAAAAGGAAUCAAGAGGCAUCCUCAGAUCACUGUUCAGCUCUGCUUCAGGAUAUUUUCGGUCCACUCGAAGAAGACGUGAAGCAGGGUGUUUAUUGUAAACCAAGGGGUUACUGUCUUUUUAACCAGAAGAUGCAAGAGUUGAAGAAAAAGUACUAUGAGGAACCUGGGAAGGGGGUGCAGGCUGAAGAAGCUCUCAAGAAAUUCUUGCAGACAAAGGAGGAUAUAAUAGAUGCAAUUCUACAGACAGACCAGAGUCUGACAGAAAAGGAAAAGGAGAUUGAAGUGGAGCGUGUGAAAGCUGAAGCUGCGGAGAAUGCCUCCAAACUAAUGGAGGAAAUGCGAAAGAAGAAUGACCAGUUGAUGGAACAGAAAGAGCAGAGGCACCAGGAGCACAUGAAACAGUUGAUGGAGAAGAUGGAAAGAGAACAGGCACAGUUGAGGGAGGAGCAACGGAGAGCCAUUGAGCACAAAAUUCAGGAAGAGAAGAAAAUCCAGCAGGAGUGUGAAAGACUUAAAGAAAAGUGUAAAGACCUCCAGGAGAAGGUGGAAGCCAGGCACAGAUGCAUCAUAAGCUAACAGCCUGAUAAACAGCACUGUCCUGCCACUCAGAGCAGAGCCGAACAGCAUGGAGACAUGGGAACAAGCAGCGUCCUAGUUGAUAAUAAUUAUUUCUGGCAUCAGAAAACUAAAAGUCAGGAAAGACACACAACAUGAUUGUUGAAAUCGUGUUUAUCUUCCUUAAGAUUGUGUACAGAGGGCAUCACUGACACUCUACUAUGGUGGAGGGAUCAACAGAUUGCUCAGAAAAAAAAAAGUCACUUUUCCAAAUAAUUGUCUCCAAGGGGCAAAUGGCCUCUGAGCACAUUCUUAAAUCUUGGCUCAAGAUUAGAAACCAAGUUAUCCAGGGGCGUGAUGGGUCUGAAGGACAGGAGUAGCCAGCCUCAUUUCCUACAGUGUGAAGUUGUAGGAUUCACUACAAUGUGAUUCAAGACACCUGCGUAGAGACUUAGGGUUCCAGUAUAUAAUACCCACAAGAAGAUGGGAGAAACCAUUAGCAUGACAAGAAGCUGAAUCACAAAUGGAUGGCUGAAGAUGGAAUUGUUUCAGUUCA